GUGUGCCAUAAAAUGAUGUAUACUAGUUACAUACAAGACAAGUGCUGAGAUAGUCGCAUAUUGUAGCUUCCUGUUGUGAAUUAGAAGAAACACCAGAGUUAAAGACAGAUCGAGUCACAGUAACUUCUAAUGGCUGCGAUGUUUGGAAGAGGUGGACCAGUCUCAGUAACUAGGAUGGUGAAGACAGUGUCAGUACUUGGAGCUGCAGCCUACGGAGUAUCGCAAACUGUUUUCAACGUUGAAGGCGGGCAUAGAGCAAUCAUGUUUAACAGAAUAGGCGGAGUACAGAAUGACAUCCUAACUGAAGGUAUGCAUUUAAAACUGCCAUGGUUUCAAUAUCCAAUAAUUUACGAUAUUCGUUCACGACCUCAUAAAAUAUCAUCGCCGACUGGAUCUAAGGACCUACAAACUGUGAACAUAUCGCUGAGAGUGUUGUCCCGUCCUGAAGCUGAGAAGCUUCCCACUAUGUACAGACACCUUGGGACAGAUUAUGACGAUCGGGUUCUCCCGUCUAUAGGCAACGAGGUCCUCAAGUCUGUGGUAGCGAAGUUCAACGCGUCCCAAUUGAUAACACAACGUCAUCAAGUGUCGUUGUUGAUAAGAAGGGAGCUGGCGGAAAGAGCGGCCGACUUCAACAUAAUACUAGACGAUGUUUCGUUAACCGAGAUGAGUUUUGGAAGAGAAUAUUCGGCUGCUGUUGAAGCUAAGCAGAUCGCCCAGCAAGCGGCGCAGAGAGCUGCUUUCACUGUUGAAAGAGCUAAACAAGAACGACAGCAGAAAAUAGUGCAAGCAGAGGGAGAAGCUGAAGCCGCUGAAAUGUUAGGCAAGGCUGUUUCUACGAGCCCUGGCUACUUGAAGCUUAGGAAAAUCCGUGCGGCACAGAACGUAUCAAAAAUCAUAGCGAAGUCACAGAAUAAAACAUUCUUGCCAGCAGACAGCUUACUACUGAACCUGCAAGAUCCUUCUUUUGAUGACUUUUCCGAAAAAACUAUAAAGAAAAAGUAGAGCUAAAAGUUAAUUACAAAACAAAGUGAUAAAAAACGAUUAAAAAUAAAUUAACUAAGAAUCUGUUAUCUUUGACUCAUUCUGUAAAAAUAUGCGACACAUAAAAUAUUGAAAAUAGAUAAAAAAUUCAAUUCACCAAUAGAAAAACAAGUUUUCGUGAAGGACAGUAAAUUGCUGUAAAAAACUGAACCAUUUAUACGCGUUCGUUUGCACCGAUGACGUUGGUUAGCAUAAAAUUUCCAUGACCUGAAAAUGAAAUGCCAUUGAAGCAAAAUUUUUGGUGCUAAAAUAGACCUUAAUGUAAGCUGUGGGUGUGACCUUGACAAGGACGUGCAACUAAUGUGUGAUUGAUAGUUAUCAUAUUAUGUCUUAAAACAAAUAUUUUACUAAAUAAACUAUUAGAUUUAUGACGACCAAGACA